UAGUGCAUUUCCACGCAUUGCCGGCUGGUUGAGUCCAAAAAUAAACAAAUCCAAUUGGAGCAUUCUCGUUUGGAAGGCGGGCGAAACCAGAGGAUCGCCUACCAUGAAUGGGUCCUGGAAACUAAUCCUGCCCGUGGGCUUUGUGCUGUACUCGCUGCCACUGUUCCUGCGGGUGAAUGGCACAUCGGACUAUGUAAUCGACGAGGAGUUCCACAUUCCGCAGGGAUUGGCCUUUUGCCGCAAGGAAUUCGAUGUGUGGGAUCCUAAGAUAACAACAUUUCCGGGCCUCUAUCUGAUCGCACUACUCCUGAAUCCACUGAACCUGUGCACGGUGACGGGCCUGAGGAUGCUCAGCCUAGCAGGUGCCGGAAUCAAUAUUCUGCUGCUCUACAAGAUCAGACGGCGCAUCCUGGCCGGCUCGGGUGGCAACUCAUAUGCCGCCCAUGAGGCUAUCACGAUGUCCGUGCUUCCGCCACUCUACUUCUUUAGCCACCUUUACUACACGGACACGUUGUCGCUGACCAUGGUGCUUCUGUUCUACAAUUAUUGGCAUCAGGAGGCGCACUUGCCGGCGGCGGUCUUCGGGGCUGCCAGUGUGCUCAUGCGCCAGACGAACAUCGUGUGGGUCUGCAUGGCCACCGGAAUGACUGUGCUGGACACGUUGGUCAACCAAUGCGCCCGCACUGGGCGCGUUCCCAAGGAAAAUGUUCGACUGAUGGGCAAAGAGUUGUGGCUUCAACUCUUUAGCAGCCCCCAAUUGCUGUGCAAUUGCAUCCUAAGCAUCUUGGCCAAGUGCUGUUUCUACGCGUCGAUCAUUCUGCCGUUCGUGGGAUUCCUCUUCAUCAAUGGUUCCAUUGUGGUGGGCGAUAAGAGUGCCCACGAGGCCAGUUUGCAUGUACCGCAGCUCUUCUACUUCGCCAUCUUUGCGGCUGGCUUCGGGAUAUCCAACACCAUACGACAGUUUCGUGCGGCAGCAGAAUUAAUCCGCAGGAACCGCGUGCUGUCCCUAUUGGCGUUGCUGCUCAUACUGGUGGUGGUGCACCUAAACACCGAAGUGCAUCCCUACCUGCUGGCCGACAACAGGCACUAUACAUUCUAUAUAUGGAGCCGACUUUAUGGACGGUUCUGGUGGUUCCGCUACGCCAUGGCGCCUGCUUAUCUGCUCUCCAUUUCCGUACUCUUUUGUGGACUGCGCCACAUGCCGGACAGCUUUAAGUUAAUGUUUCCACUUAGUCUCUUCCUGGUGUUGUGCUUCCAGCGACUCCUGGAGCUGCGCUACUUCCUGGUGCCGUACAUUCUGUUUCGACUGAACACACGGCACACUCGCAAGGGUUACGCCGAGUGGCUGGAGCUCGGAGCUCAUCUGCUGCUCAAUGUGGCCACGUUCUACGUGUACUUCACCAAGGAGUUCUACUGGAAAAACUAUCGCACUCCUCAAAGGAUCAUCUGGUAGUUCCUUUAAACGGCAUUCCUUAACAAUUCAAUAACGUCUUGGGCAUUUAUGAAAUAAAACAGUUCGACAUUUUCAA